AUGCAGUCUCGUCCUGGCAGUGGAAGGGCAUCCCGAACUGUGGCGCUGCGCUUGAAGGACUCCAUCCCUUCGUCUCUGCAGUUUCUGGGCUUCAUGGUCUGCGUAUUCUAUGGGGGUCAGCCCUGGACUUGUUUCCGGUGCGGACUCUCGGGCCAGCAGGCUGCGGGAUGUGAUGCGAGCCGGGUCGGGCCUGUGAACCUCUUCAGGGAGGAGGACUUUCCCCCGUUGGCGGUCCCGGACCUGUCGGAAGAUGCUGCUGUGAUAAGUGAUACUUCCCAGUCGUCUGGUGCCCCGUUGUCGAUCUCUGAUGCCGGCCUCGAUGUGGCUGUGGGUGUCGGAGUGGAAGGUAGUGCAUCCCCGGCUUCCGGACCUCAGCCUCCCCUGCCUGCCUCGUCUCCAGUCGAGUCUCCAGUUGUGUCUCCUGUGGUGUGUGGUCUCGUGACUCAGGACGUCGAGGCUGCGCCUCGGCCUGUACUGUCUCCGGCAGCUGUGUCUUCGGCCUGUGUCGACGUACACACUGUGAUGUCUUCUGUGGUGUGUGGUCCUGUUCCCCGGGUUGUUGAGGCUGCGAUGUUGAGUGAUCGUGCACUGCGGGGAGUUGCGCGACCAAUCGGCGGCUCUGCUAUGGUGCCUCCUGGCGGGGGUUAUAGUUCCGACGAUCUGCGACCUGUGUCCAAGCGUUCGCGGCGGGCUUUAAGUCUGUCUCCGCCUCCUGGUGUAGCCUGGGCCGACGUCAGGGAUUUUGAGGACUCCGGAAGUUCGUCUUCUGUGGAUGGUGAUGUGUGCGACGCUGUUGGAGUGCCUGCGGCUCCUGUGGGCCGUGUUGCAGCGGUGAUGGGUCCUGUGGUGGGACUGUCGCUUGGCCCUGGUCCGGUGUCUUCUCCGGCUGCCUCUGCGUCACCGGUUGCUUGUUCCCCGAGUUGGGUGGUUGUGGCACCGGCCGAGAUUGCGGGAGAGGGAGGGGACUUGGUGCUGGUUCUUAAGAAUGCUUCUGUUCCGGCGGCCUCUGUGCCUCUGGCGUCUAUGUCUGUGCCUUCCACGCAUCUGCCCUCUGCUCAGCUGUUCUUUGUUACUCCGCCCCCUGUGGUGUCGGCCCCUGCACCAUCGCCCUCUGUGAUUGCGUCCCCUGCGACUCUGCCCGCUAUGUUGCCGGCCUGUGCCCGGCUGACUCCUGUGCUUCAGUCCCGUGUGGUUCCACCGUCUGUACCAAAGCCCCCUGUGCGGCCUCUUCCCGUCCUUCCACCCCCGUGGUGGAGGGCGCCGAGCUGGAUGUUUCUGACUUCAUGCAUCGACCGCGAGGAUCUCGUAGUCACGUUAACGCGUCUGCGGAAUUGUGGGCUCAGUAGGAUGCCUACAGGAAGAAGUACCCGCAUCGUUUCUAUCCGGAUAAAUAUGAAGAUGAUUAACUGUGUAUGUGGUUCUUGCUUUGUGUUGCUAUAUUUAUUUAUUUAUUUGUUUUGA